AUGGGUAACGAAGACAUCGUCAAGACCGACCUCCUCAUAGUCGGCGCAGGCCCCGCCGGCGCCGCGCUGGCAUGCUUCCUGGGGUCGCACGGCCUGAAGGGGAUCAUGAUCGCCGCGGCGCCGGGCAACGCCGACACCCCGCGGGCGCACAUCACCAACAUGGCCGGGCUGGAGUGCCUGCGCGACAUCGGGCUGGAGGGCGCGUGCUUCGACGCCAGCACAAAGGGCGACAGCAUGGAGCACACGCGGUGGUGCCGCAGCAUGGCGGGCGACGAGUUCGCGCGCAUCCACAGCUGGGGCAACGACCCGGCCCGCAGGGGGGACUACGCGGCGGCGUCGCCCUGCGCGCACGUCGACCUGCCCCAGACGGAGCUCGAGCCCAUCCUCACGCGGCGGGCGACGCACGCGGGCUGGACGGUGCGGUUCAACACGCGGCUCGUCACCUUCACGCGGCCGCAGAGGGAUGUGAUUGUUUCUGAGGUGCACGACGACGUCCUCGGAAAGACGUACAGGAUCCAGUCGCGGUUCCUGUUCGGGUGCGACGGCGCGCGCAGCCAGGUCGUGCGGGAGCUGGGGAUCCCGCUCAUCAAGAAGCCCGGCCAGGGCCUGGCGCUCAACAUCUUUGUCGACGCCGACCUGUCGCACCUGAUCCCGAACCGCUCGGGGAACCUGCACUGGGUGUUCCAGCCCGAGAAGGACUACCCGCCAUGGGGGUGGGCGGUGAUCGUGAGGAUGGUCCGGCCGUGGAAGGAGUGGAUGUUCAUCUGCCUCCCUGUGCCGGGCGCAGACGUGUCGGUCGACCAGUUCAGUCCUACGGAAGAGGAGUGCAUAGUGCGGGUGAAGGAGAUUAUUGGAGACGACUCGGUCAAGGUUGGCAUCAAGGACGUGAGCAAGUGGUGGAUCAACGAGAUUGUGGCUGAGUACUACUCGGACGGCAACGUCUUCUGCUUCGGCGACGCCACACACCGGCACCCGCCAUUCAACGGCCUCGGCUCCAACACCUGCAUCCAGGACGCCUUCAACCUGGCCUGGAAGAUCUCCUACGUCAUGUCAGGCAAGGCAGGCCCGGAGCUCCUCGACUCGUUCAGCACGGAGCGGCAGCCCGUAGGCCAGGAUGUGAUCACGCGCGCGAACCAAGGGCUGCGCGACCACGGGGGCUGGAUCCACGCGAUGGGGAUGGACCACCCGGACAAGGAGGUCCGCGCCAAGAUGCUGGCCGAGUUCGAGGACCCGGGCCCCGCGGGCCGCAGGCGCCGGCAGGAGUUCCAGCGGGGCAUCGAGAACACGGCGAGCGAGUUCCACGCGCUCGGCAUCGAGAUGAACCAGCGCUACUUCUCGGGCGCCGUGUACCAGGACGACGAGGACGAGGGCGCCGCGCCGCCGCCGCCCGCGGACCCCGUCAAGGACCUGCAGAUCUCGACGUUCCCGGGCAGGCGGCUGCCGCACGCGUGGCUCAACGAGCGCACGCCCGUCAAGAAGCUCUCGACCAUCGACCUCGCCGGCCACGGGCGCUUCUGCCUGCUUACUGGGCCGGGAGGGCAGGAGUGGAAGGCCGCGGCUGAGAAGGUCGCCAAGGCGCUCGGCGUCGAGAUCAAGGCGUACUCGAUCGGGUGGAAGCAGGACUACGAGGACGUGUACUUUGACUGGGCAAGGAGGCGGCAGGUCGAGGAGGACGGCUGCGUCCUGGUGCGCCCUGAUCGCUUCGUUGCUUGGAGGUCUCAGGAGGUCAUACCGGAUGCUGCAGCGAAGCUGGAGAAGGUGAUGCGCAAGAUUCUGUCCCUAGAAUGA